AUGGUUAGGUGCCUUCCGUUACGACAACGUCAAUUAGAAUUCCGAGGUGCAUUUUUCAUUGCAUUUGCUCUUUGGUGGCAUAUAAACAACUGCAUUCGCUACCUGAAAUCACGUGACGGCGCCAACGACGAUAGAACGAAUCGGUCACAUACAAAAUUUCGCGGAUCGGUGACCUACUCAUGCUUCUAUUUACCAUGUAAAAGUCUUCGUUGUUUACCAAUCGAGAGUAUUCUCAAAAUACUUAUCACGUCGAUUCAUUUUACCAUCGAACUGAUUACCGGUUAUUCGCCAGAACCGAGAUCUCAUAUUCGCGAUGAAAACUCUCAUCAUACAGCAAUGCUCUUUGGUUUUUUUCUCGGUGCUUGGAUUGAAAUACUUGUUCAUUACAAAGUACCAUUACCGCCACGCAUCCCUCAGACCAUGGGUUUUCUGGCUUUUGCCAUUGAAGCUCUCAUGAUGGUGUUCCAUUUACAUGCACGAAACAUGGUUGAUGCUCACAUUCAUCAAUUACUCGGUUUGACAGCGGCCUGUUCAAUGGUUGGUGCACUGGCCGAAUGUUUCAGUCCGAAUAGUUUCUGGUUGAUUGUAGCACGAAGCCUCUUUGCUAUGACUCAAGGAACAUGGUUUCUACAAGCGGCAUUCGUUCUUUGGCCUCGAACAACCAAUCCGUUGUUCAUCUGGGAUCUGAACUCGCAUCGGUCGAUUUCAUUGUUGACCAUGUCCUAUGCUUAUCAUCUGGCCGGCAAUGCAUUUCUGCUCAUUAUGGUCUAUCUGCUCAUCUACAAGUUCUCGUCGACCGCAGUUCGACUUGAGGAGGAGGGGGAAGAAGAGUCGGCAUCGGAGUAUAAGUUGAUUAUGAGCAUGAACAAUGCGGACAAUGACGUUGAAUCUGUCUAG